AUGGCGACGUGUGUGACGCGCACGGGAUGGCGUGUAUUGGAAGGAAUGUCGAAAUACUCGUCAACCUGCCAAAGAACCUCGCGAAAUGCCCUUGCAUGCCCCAGUGCACAGAAAUCAAUUAUUACUCACAUACAAAAAAGGUCCUUAUUCGUACUGCCUUUUGGGAUCGAUGUCGGAAUUUUGGGUGUAGCAGCGUAUUAUAUUACGAGAUUAAAGAGACCGCAUCAGGCAGCUAUCGAGGAAGUGUUCGGACCUGAGCCGAGUUCCAAAGAAGGUGCGUUGUAUCCAGAAAAAGUGGUAAAAUGCAUCGCCCAUAGAGGCGCUGGGUUAGACGCUCCGGAAAAUACAUUACAGGCUUUUAAAUAUUGUGUGGAAAGGGAUUGUACAUUCGUGGAAUUGGAUGUCCGAACUUCAAGAGAUGGUCAAUUGGUGUUAUUACAUGACCAAGGAUUGGAACGACUUACCGGCACAAGCAUAUCCGAUGUACGGAUCAUGGAUUGGGAGAAAAUCAAGAAGAUUGACAUCGGCACCAAUCAUCCCAAUAGGGACCAAUUUAAGGAAGUAUAUCUAUGUCUUCUUGAAGAUGCCAUCGGGUACCUCAUGUCCAAGAAUGUGAAGAUGAUCAUUGAUGUUAAAGGAAAUGAUAGAGAGGUCAUCAAUGGUAUACUAGACAUCUUUGCAGUACAUCCAGAUCUUUACAAAUCGGCUGUUGUCACAACAUUCAAUCCGUUCGUUCUGUAUAAGAUACGCAAGAAGGAUCCAAGGAUCAUCGGUGCAAUCAGCUACAGGCCGUACUGCUUCAGCGCCCAAGAUUAUGAUGCAGAGAAUGGACCCACGAAUCCAAGGCACGGUAACAGUAUUCUCCUCCACUUACUUCUAAGAACAGCUGAUUGGGUCCACUCUCUACUAUGGCGUUGGAGCGCUAGGUGGUGCGCCGUCAGCGCUGUACUGCUGCAUAAGGAUAUAGUUAGCGCGAGCGAGGUGGCGUACUGGCGUGACCUGGGCGUGCGUUGUGCCGGCUGGUGCGUUAAUCGUCCGCUGGAGAAGUUGUAUUGGAGAGGUGUUUUGAAGGCGCCAUACUUGGCUAACACACUGUUGGGAGAGCCUGAGGGUGACUGGUGA